AUGGAAAUUCAAUGCGUGUUGACCACUACAGUUAUCCAUUAUUUCAUCCCUCUACUCUUCUCUCACCAUUUGCAUCGCCCUUACACACCUGUUUCUCUCUCUCACACUCUCUCUUUCUUUCUCUCUCUAGCGCAUACACACUUUGUUUCUCUCUCACACAUUCUCUCUCUCUUUGUUUCUCUCUCUGGCGCAUACACUGUUUCUCUCUCUCCACUCUCUCUUUCUUUCUCUCUCUCUCAUACCUCUUUGUUUCUCUCUCUCCCUCUUUCUUUCUUUUCUCUCUCUAAGCCUUACUUUGUUUCUCUCUCUACACUCUCUUUGUUUCUCUCUCUCUCUCUCACUCUCUCUCUCUUUCGCAUACACUCUUUGUUUCUCUCUCUCUCAUACUCUCUCUCUUUUCUCUCUCGCAUACACACUGUUUCUCUCUCUCUCACUGUUCUCUCUCUCUCUCUCUACCUGUUCUCUUUCUCUUUCUCUCUCUUCGCAUUCACACUUUUUUCUCUCUCACACUCUCUCUCUUUCUCUCUCUUACACACUACUCUCUCUCUUUCUCUCUCUUUGUUUCUCUCUCUCUUUGUUUCUCUCUCUCUACUUCUUUCUUUCUCUUCUUUGUUUCUCUCUCUCUCUCACUCUCUCUUUCUUUCACUCUCUCUAGCUUUCAUACCACUCUCCCAUUACACUUUGUUCUCUCUCUCUCACACUCUCUUUUGUUUUCUCUCUUUGUUAUACUCUCUCUUUCUCUCUCACUUCUUUUUUCUCUCUCUCUCAUACACACUCUCUCUCUUUCUUUCUCUCUCUCUCCCAUCUUUUGUUUCUCUCUCUCUCCACUCUCUCUUUUUAAUUCUCUCUAUACUGAGCUUUUCUCUCUCUCUCUCACACUCUCUCUUUGUUUCUCUCUCAUACACACUUUGUUUCUCUCUCUUGUUUCUCUCUCUCUCUCUCUCUCUCUUUCUCUCUCUAUCACACAUUCUUCUUUCUCUCUCUCUCUUUUGUUUUCUCUCUCUCACACACUCUCUCUCUUGUGUUUCUCUCUCUAGCGCAUACACACCUUGUUUCUCUCUCUCUCACACACUCUUCUUUGUUUCUCUCUCUAGCGCAUACCUCUUUUUUUCUCUCUCUCACACUUUCUCUCUUUCUUUUCUCUCUCUCUCUCCUCACUCUUUCUUUUUCUCUCUCUCUCUCUCUUUGUUUUCUCUCUUUUCUCCACAUUCUUUCUUUCUCUCUCUCACACUCUUUUGUUUCUCUCUCUCUCUCACACUUUGUUUCUCUCUCUUUCUCUCUUUGUUUCUCUCUCUCUCAAUACACACUUUGUCUCUCUCUCUCACACUCUCUCUUUGUUUCUCUCUCUCUCACACACUCUUUCUCUCUCUCUUUCUCUUUUUUUCUCUCUCUCUAGCUACACUCUUUCGCAUACACACUGUUUCUCUCUCUCUCACACUCUCUCUUUUUUCUUUCUCUCUUUCCUACACACUGUUUUCUCUCUCACACAAUUCUUUCUUUUCUUUUUCUCUCUCUCUAACUUCUCUCUCUUUCUUUCUUUCUCUCUCUAGCACACUCUCUCUUUGUUUCUCUCUGUUUCUCUCUCUCCACACACUCUCUCUUUUGUUUCUCUCUCUAUACUAUCUUUGUUUCUUUCUCUCUCUCCACACUCUUUCUUUCUUUUCUAGCUCUCUCUCUCUCACACACUCUCUCUUUCGCACACACUUUGUUUCUCUUCUUUCACUCUCUCUCAAUUCUCUUUUCUUUGUUUCUCUCUCUCACACUGUUUUCUUUUCUCUCUCUCUCACACAUCUCUCUUUCUUUCUCUCUUUCUUUCUUUUCCACUUUUUCUCUUUCUCUCUCUUCUUUCACUGCCUCUUGGUUUCUCUCUCUCUCUCUCUUUGCGCAUACACACUUUGUUUCUCUCUCUCCACACUCUCUCUCUCUCUUGGACUCUCUCUCACACUCUUAUUUUUUUCUCUCUCUUUUCUUUCUUUCUCUCUUUCUUUCUUUUUCUCUCUCUCACACACUCUCUUUUUUUUCUCUCUUUUUAGCUACUCACACUUGUUUCUCUCUCUCCUCUCUCUCUUUGUUUCUCUCUCUAGCGCAUACACUUUUGUUUCUCUCUCACACACUCUCUUUUUGUUUCUCUCUCUGCGCAUUUACACUCUUUUCCUUUCUCUCAAUACACUCUCUCUUUUUUCUUUCUCUCUCACACUUGUUUUUCUCUCUCUUCUCUUUCUUUCUCUCUCUAGCGCAUACACUUUUCUCUCUCUCUCACACACUCUCUCUUUUCUUCUCUCUCUAGCGCAUACACUUUGUUUCUCUCUCUCUCACUCACUCUCUCUUUGUUUCUCUCUCUCUAGCGCUCUACACUCUUUUGUUUCUCUCUCACACACCUCUCUCUUUGUUUCUCUCUCUAGCCUUACACACUUUGUUUCUCUCUCUCACACUCUCUCUCUUUUGUUUUUCUUUCAUCUCUUUUCUCUCUCUUUCUCUCUCUUUCUCUCUCUCACACUCUUUCUUUCUCUCUCUAUCACACUCUCUUUGUUUCUCUCUCUCAUACACACUCUCUCUCUCUCUCUCUUUCUCUCUCUUCAUACACACUUUGUUUCUCUCUCUCUCUUUGUUUCUCUUUCUUUCUCUCUCUGCUCUCUCUCACACACUCUUUUUUGUUUCUCUCUCUCUCCCCACUCUUUCUCUCUCUCUUUGUUUCUCUCUUCUCUCUCCUCUCUCUGUUUGUUCUCUCUCUCUCACUCUCUCUUUGUUUCUCUCUCUCUCAUACACUCUUUGUUUCUCUCUCUCUCACACUCUCUCUCUUUCUUUCUCUCUCUCUCAUACACACUUUGUUUCUCUCUCUCCUCACCUCUCUCUUUCUCUCUCUCUUUUUGUUUCUCUCUCUCUUCCACACACUCUUUUUGUUUCUCUCUCUCUUUUCUUACCCUUUUCUUUCUCUCUCUUUCGCAUACACUUUUUUUCUCUCUCUCCCUCUCUUUUGUUUCUUUCUCUCUCAUACACACUUUGUUUCUCUCUCUCUCACCUCUCUCUUUGUUUCUCUCUCUUUUCUUACACUUUGUUUCUCUCUCUCUCUCACACUCUCUCUUUUCUUUCUCUCUCUCACACUGUUUCUCUCUCUCUCUCUCUUUGUUUCUCUCUCUAGCGCAUCACUCUUUUGUUUCUCUCUCUCUCUCUCUUUGUUUCUCUCUCUAG